AUGGCAACUGUGUUUUGGAAUCGAAAGGGGGUAUUGUUGGUGGACUUCAUGCCUUCUGGGACCACAAUAAACGCUGACAGGUAUUGUGAGACUCUGAAAAAACUCAGACGGGCGAUUCAGAACCGGAGAAGAGGAAUGUUGAGCAAGGGCGUAAGCAUUUUUCACGACAAUGCUCGUCCCCACGUCGCCUGUACGACCGUCGCUCUCCUGCAACAGUUUGGAUGGGACAUCGUCACCCACCCACCCUAUAGUCCGGACUUGGCACCCAGUGACUACCACCUGUUUCCUAAGCUGAAAGAACAUUUGGCCGGAACGCGCUUCAACAACGACGACGAGGUGAAAGAUGAGGUUCAACGCUUCCUCAACGGCAUGGCGGCGAGCUGGUAUGACAUGGGCAUACAAAAACUGCUGCAGCGCCUACAAAAAUGCAUCGACAGAAAUGGCGAUUAUGUCGAAAAAUAG